AUGGACAACAACAGCUGCCAUACUAUGGAGAUUUUUCGUAUAAUGGGUUUUGCCGAGGAGUAUCGACAACAAACAGGGGCUGUACCACAAGAUAGCGACUGGGAUACCAUUUUCUUCAACACUUGCGGAACGGAAAAGAAACUUGUUAGCCGAUGGCCUAUCCUAAGCAAUAACGAAUAUCGCGCCAAAAUUCACGCAAAUAACGAUGGCUCACAACCUGCCGAGCCGGGUCAGCGCUGUUCACAGAUAGUACUUGAGACAUUUUUGAAGAAGAAAUGCUUCGCCGAAUCCCUAAUUACAACCUACUUUGGUCACAAAUUUGUAUCACUUGAGGAAGAUGAGGUGGGUGUCACUGCUACUUUCAGAGAUGUAGACAAUCAGGAAAAGAAGAUUAGAGCACCUUACUUGGUUGGUGCAGAUGGUGCGCAGAGCAAAGUAAGGAAAAGUAUUGGGGUUGAACUACAGGGGCGACCUCUGCUUGGAGCUUUUUUCAUGGUCCAUUUCCGAUCCAAAGAACUCACCAAGCUCUCCCCAUUCGGCAGAUGGUGGCAUGCUUUCGGUAUACACGGCGGCUUCAUGAUUGACCAAGAAGAUACCGAUAUCUACACCUGUCACCAACCUUGCUCUGCGGAUGCCGCAGCCAUUCAAGAGCUUCAAGAACAUCCCGAGGAAAUCCCUUAUCGUGUUCUCGGAAGUGUCGGCAAGCCCUACAGAUUCAAAAUCGACGAAAUCAUGAUAGCUAAUGCAUGGCGGCCUAAUUUUGCUCUUGCAGACUCCUAUGUCAGUCAUGAUGGACGUGGCCGUGUGUUCCUCGGCGGUGAUGCUGCCCAUCGUAACCCUCCACAUGGUGGCUAUGGCAUGAACAGUGGCGUAGAAGACGCAUGGUCGCUAGCAUGGCGUCUUUCAGCUUUACACAAAGGCAUUGGUGGAAGUAACCUCAUUACUUCAUAUACGAAUGAGCGCAGACCAAACAUGAUGAUGCGUCUGGAACGUUGCGAUGCUCAUAUCGGCAAAUUUAGCCCGAUGAUCAUGCGUACUAUGAAAGCCCCGAAUACAGACGUUUUCCUUGAGGAAAGCGAGGAAGGAGAGAAAGCACGGGGCGAUAUAGCACAGCACCUAGACAGCGUGGGAUCUGAAAACAUCGACCGUGGAGUGGAACUUGAUCUAAGGUACUUGAGCAGUGAGAUUAUCGUGAGCGACGGGACGAGAGAGCCAAAAUUCGACAACAUGAGUUAUACGCCAAGUACAAGGCCUGGCCACAGGGCGCCACAUGUAUUCCUGAAGGAUGAGCAGACAAGCAUCGUGGAUCUCUACGGAACAGAAUGGACCUUGAUGGAUUUCUCAAAGGUCAAAAGCAACUGUCAAACGACCAGGGGCUUUGCCAGCUUGGAUAACGAAACGAAGUCUCCAGUGACGACAUUCAAAGCUGUGGCAGAGACAAUCAGGAUGCCGCUAACGCACGUCCAGUUGGAUGAUGGAGAGAAUCACGUUAAGAACGUGUGGGAAAAUUACGAUUAUGUCCUAAUCCGCCCUGACGGAUAUGUCGCCUGGCGUGGGGGCAAAGAAGGAGCGAGGGAUGAGAGUUGUGAGUUGAACGAAGGACGCAUCAGGAAUAUCUUGGCCAUUGCCCUCGGCUGGAAGACAGAUCCUGGAUUUGUGGCGGGGGAGAAGAAGGAGCUGAAUUUGGAAAUCAAUUUGACAAGCAUUCAUGGCGUUGAAGAGGAGUUAGGUGCGGGUGAUCAUGGUGAUGCAUUUUUGGGAUCUGUCAAAGACAACAAGAGAAAAGAGCUACCGAGUUGA